AUGUCUGUGAAGAAGAAAAAUACUCACAUUUUGGGAGAUAGGACGUGGAGUGUGGUUAAUUUUGACAGAAACGCGAUGUGUCAACGUAACGACCCGGUUUCGAUCGAAACUGUGUCAGAAGAAGGUCUUUGUGACGAUGUUCUCUCCACGACCAGUUCCGACGAAUCAGACGCACCCGUGGGCGCUUUAAACAAUUUGAAUGAAGUGCAAGCUACGGGCUUUGGAUUCGACACCCUUGUUGAGCAAAAUGAGCCCUCCGUGAAUCUUGCAAACACUUUGUCACAGGCAGCUGAUCUCAAGAUUCCAAGCAAUUCGACGCAUUCCUGUGUUCGGGAGCGUGCAGCUCGCACGCUUUCACAACUGAACUCCUGGCAAAUCGUUCUUUUGACUUCAUCGACUACUUUUUUGAUCACCUGCGCUUUACAGUCGGUUUUGAAAAGUCCCUCUGCAGUACCCUUGGAUGAAACUGCGACGGCUCCAUAUUUCACGAAUCACGGUGCCACAUACAGAAACGUCGAUUUUGUGCUUCCCGCUGGGAACCCUCAUGAACGUGCUGGUAAGUUUAUUGUUGACUUCGAGAACUGCGUGGCUUAUCCAGUUGUCCCAGAAGUGUCCUUUUGGGAAUCGGCCAAAUUCAACGUAGGCCAAAUGGCCAAGGCGUUUCGUAGCCACAUCAAGGAGCUUGACAAAUCUUCCCUACAGAAAGCAAAAGAUCGAGUCCACAGCAGAACAGACGCCAUGUGGUCGACCAUUAACACGUCCUUAAAAUCCUGGUCUUCCAACCUCAAAGAAGCUUCCGUUAAUAUGAAAAUUCGAAACAAAGCAAUGAUGACGCAGUCGAGGGAUCAGCUCACCAAGUGCAUGAGAAACGCCGAAAAGGCGUUUCAAGUCCAAUAUUCAAAUCACCUGGCACCAUUACGCGACAAAGUCUUCUCGCAUGUCCUUGAGAUGAAAUCAGCACUGGGGAACAUAGGGCCUUUGACUUCUAGGUUUAAUUCUGCGUUGCCGGGGGCUGCAAGCGGCGUCGGCAGAUUUCGUGAAAGAACUGGCUCAAUCUUAUAUGAUAAAUGGGAUAAUACGAUGGAAAUGCUUAGAUUUGAGCGAAGUGGCAUCGAUCAAUAG